UCCGACCGGUGUGGCGGUGCGGAGGGUGUUGGCUGGUUGGGCUGAAGGGCAGGGCGCAUACUUCGUACUGGUUAUGCUGUAGACUACCGGCUACUUUGCGCACUGUCUGUCUGGAUCUAAUCGGCAGCCGAAAGUGCCCAACGCUUCCUAUCGCCGCUUUGCUAUUUAUCCAUAGAGACCCUUGGAUUUGUACGUGCGCGUCAUUUCUGACCUGUGGAGUGAUUUUACGCACAGGCAAUUUGGGACUGAUCUUAUCGAAUCCGAAUGGAAUCAAACGGCAAAGCGGGAAAACAUGGUUUAGAGGGCGAUGUGGACCUUCAGUUCCUGCUGGUGGGGGGAAAGCUGAUGAAAGUAAAGUCUUCCUCUUGGAAAAAGGACCGAAUGUACAAGCUGCAUGAUGACAACGCGACCAUAUGGCAUGAGUCACACAGGAUCUUCAAGAGAAAACAGACCUUUUCCAUUGAUGACGUAGAUUCUGUGCGUAAGGGCCGUCAGUCGGAGGGUCUUCAGAAGCACACAGGGGCCGACGUUGAGGACCGCUGUUUCUCCAUCUUCUUUAAGGGCCGCAGGAGGAACCUGGACCUGGUGGCGACCUCGGUGGAGGAGGCUCGGCAGUGGGUCAAUGGUCUGGAGAAGAUCAUCUCUAACAUGAAGAAACUCAACCGCCAGCAGACGAGCGAGCACUGGAUCUUCAACUGUAUGAGGAAAGCAGACAAGAACAAGGACAACAUGAUGACUCUGAAGGAGCUGAAACACUUCCUCCGCCAGAUCAACAUCGAGGUGGACGAGACCUACGCUAAAGUGCUGUUUACAAAAUGUGACACGUCAAACUCUGGCACCCUGGAGGGUUCUGAAAUCAAACACUUCUAUGACCUGUUGACUCACCGGGAGGAGAUCGAUGUGAUCUACGAGAAGCACGCCGCCACGGGGGGGCAGAUGAGUGCCCAGGACCUGCUCAACUUCCUGCUGAAUGAGCAGCGUGAGGUGGCCACCUUGGAGGACGCCUUAAGACUCAUAGAGAAAUACGAGCUGGAUGACUCAGCAAAGCAUAUGAAUCACAUGACCAAAGAUGGCUUCCUGAUGUACCUGCAACAGGAGGAGGGGUCGAUCUUCAACCCCGCCCACAAGAAGGUGUUCCAGGAUAUGAGCCAGCCAAUCAACCACUACUUUAUCAGCUCUUCCCACAACACCUACCUGAUGGAAGACCAGCUCAAAGGCCCCAGCAGCACAGAGGCCUACAUCAAGGCCCUGAUGAAGAGUUGUCGCUGUGUGGAGUUAGACUGUUGGGACGGGGCCCAUGGGGAGCCAGUCAUCUACCAUGGCCACACUCUCACCUCCAAGGUCCUGUUUAAAGAUGUCAUCAAGGCCAUCAAGGAGUAUGCCUUCAAGACAUCAGAGUACCCAGUGAUCCUGUCCCUGGAGAACCACUGUACACUGGAUCAGCAGAAACUGAUGGCCAAGCACAUGAUCUCCAUCCUGGGCAGCGCCCUGCUCACCUCCCCCCUGGAGGACCAAAUGCCCACUGCCUUCCCCUCACCCCAGGAGUUGAAGGGUCGGUUCAUCAUCAAGGGGAAACGUCUGAACAAGCUGGAUGCCGUCUUCAGCAAUACUAGUCCUGGAGUAGAGGAAGACUGUGUCUCAGAGGAGGACGAGGCUGCAGAGACCAACAACUCCAAGACAGACACCAACGGACAGAAGGCCAAAGCCAAGAAGUCAAAGAUCAAGCUAGCCAAGCAGCUGUCUGAUCUGGUGAUCUACUGUAAGAGUGUCCACUUCUCAGGGUUUGAGCACGCUAAAGACAACCAGGCCUUCUAUGAGAUGUCCUCCUUUAAAGAGAGCAAGGCUGUUAACCUGGCUGAGACAGCAGCUAAAGCCUUUAUCCACCACAACAUGACCAAGCUGAGCCGUAUCUACCCAGCUGGCUCCAGAACAGCCUCCUCCAACUACAACCCAGUUCCCCUGUGGAACGCAGGCUGUCAGAUAGUGGCGCUGAACUUCCAGACUCCAUCUAAGGAGAUGGACCUGAACCAGGGCCGGUUCCGAUCCAACGGGCUGAGUGGAUAUAUCCUGAAGCCUGAAUUCCAGAGAUACGCUGGGUCAGAGUUCAAUCCUAUGACCCUAACCAAGGGACCCUGGAUCAAACACAAGGCCUUCCACAUCAUGGUGAUCUCAGCCCAGCAGCUGCCCAAGCUAAACAAGGACAAGCCUAAAUCCAUCGUGGACCCGCUGGUUAAAGUGGAGAUCUACGGUGUUCCAGCUGACACGUGCAGCAAGGAGACACGCUCCAUCGAGAACAACGGGUUUAACCCCAUGUGGAAUGAUGUUAAAUGUGGAAUGAUGUUCCAGUUUGACAUCCAGGUACCAGAGCUGGCCAUGUUGCGUUUCCUGGUCGAAGACUAUGACGCCACCUCACAGAACGACCUGAUUGGACAUUACUGCCUGCCACUGACCAGUCUACAGAACGGCUACCGCCACGUCCCUCUGCUCACCAAGCGUGGUGAUGUCAUCCCCUCCGCCGGCUUGUUUGUUCACCUCAUGUUGCUGGACGCCAAAUAGAUCCCGACCCACUUCACACUGACGCCUCCCACAUCAAGCUGACCCCUCCCACGUCACACUGACCCCUCCCACAUCACGCUGUUCCCUCCCACACCGACCCCUCCCAUACCACACUUGCCACUCCCACAUGAUACGAACCACUCACAUACCACACUGACCCUUCCCACAUCAUACUAACCCCUCCCACACCACACUGACCCCUCCCACAUCAUACUAAAAAGCCCAAUCCACACUGACCCCUCCCACAUAAUACUAAAAAGCCCAAUCCACACUGACCCCUCCCAGAUCAUACUGACAAUUCCCACAUCAUUGAGUUGUAACUGACAAUGUUUUUAAUAUGUUGAUAUUUAAUGUUUUAUCUACUUCUUUUAAGUUUGUUCCACCUAAGUCUGACCACAAGUCAGAGACCACUGUGAUGACACACCAAAAUGUGUUUGAUGGAUCGCUGGAAAAUAGGAUUUUGUAGGCUACAGUCCAAACUGUUGUUUUUGUCGCACUGCUUUGCUUUAUCUCGGUCAGGUCGCAGUUGUAAAUGAGAACUUGUUAAAUAAAUUAAAAUAUAUAUAUAUGUUUUCCAAUGGUGCGAUUUCUGUCGGUAUGCAAAUAUUAUCCAAUAAACUCUUGGAGGUAAGGAUGACAGCAGUGGUGUAGUCUACGACGAUACGGAUAUCACUUAUUAUUGAUAUCUACAUAGCACAUUGAUGUGAAUCACACUGCUGCUCUCUCAUUUAGCUAUUUACGCCUUACCUAUUGUGGUUGUUGGCUGUUCACAAAUCUAAAUGUGUAUUUGAACCCAAUAAUGGUUGAAUUCAAAAGGUUUAAACUGCCUAUCAAUCAUUGUUUUUAAAACCAGUGGACAGCCAGUGAAAAAUGCGCUCUGGCAGCAGCUGCAUAGCGUGGAUCCCAGCCUAUGGAAUAAAAGUGGGGCUUUCAUUGCUCAAUCUAAUUCAUGCUGAUUAAUAACAAAUAAAAUAUUACAGGCCUAAUGGACACAUGAUCAAACUCAUUAUGACUGUUGUUACUGACUGUUCAUGUGAAACACACAUCAAGCCCUACAUGACCUACUGUGGUUCCUCUGAACAGUCUUCUCUUGAUAUCAGCUGUGUAACAUAUAACAGUAUAGUAGCUGUGGUUGUAAUAUCUUGCUGUUGUUUUUCAGUAAACUGCAUUUGCACAUGCUCUUGAAUAAAAUCAUAAUUUAGAAAA